AUGAGCCAAAUCCCAGAUUUAGUUCGAGAUUCCGAGCUCGAAACGCACUUCCGGCCGGAUUGCUCUAUCGAAACUGUCCACGCUUACCACCAACGCUCGGUGCGUUCCCGACGACAGCCACUGCCACGAUCAGAGCACUGGCGCCGAGUUAAAAGGAUCGGAGGCGGAGGCUUUGGCAGUGUCUGGCUAGAACAAUGCACUCAAGGAGGACGUGGGGACGGCGAGGUUCGGGCUGUGAAGCAGAUAGAGAUUGAUCAGCAUUCCACACAACUAGACUGCUACCGGGAGUUAGAAGCCAUUGCCAAAUUCUCGCAGAGAAAGUAUGAGGAGUGGUUUGUCAAAUCAUUCGGGUGGUAUAAAGGCCCUGCACAUCUGUUCAUCGCAAUGGAAUAUCUUGAGCUGGGUGAUCUGUACACGUAUGUGCAUCGCAGUCCACCACUCUCCGAAUCCGAGGUCAAGGAUAUCACAUAUCAAAUCCUGGAUGGGCUCCGCUUGAUGCAUGAGAAUGAAUUCACUCACCGAGAUCUCAAAUUACAUAAUAUUCUCUUGAAAUCUUGCCCGCCAAAUGAAUGGUGGGUUAAGAUCGCGGAUUUCGGCAUCAGUAAACGUAUCGAAGACGGACUUGGAGCUCCCACGACUACGAAAGGAACUCCUGGAUACAUGGCCCCCGAGCUCCUCGGGUUCACCGAGCGCAGUCUUCCAUAUGCGAUCGAUAUUUGGGCUGUUGGGGAAGUCAUGUUCCAGAUGUUCACGAAAGAACCGACCUUCAAAAGCCCAGGGCAGCUUGCAAGAUAUGUGAACAAUCCGAGCAACUUCCCUUCUAGUCUCCUCCGCGCCGCUCGAGUCAGUCAGCUAGGGGUUGACUUCAUCCUGUCUUUGAUGUGUCCUGUUCCAGAUGACCGAAUAACAGCCCAGGAGGCCUUGAAUCAUAGCUGGAUGGACCAAUCCCUGUCGCAUCCA